UUCUAGAGAAUAUUCAUUUGCCACACCCCCCAGACAUGUCAUUUCAGCUGGGUGAUGAAGAAACAUAUUAUGAAGUGCGUCGACGUAAUACUCAGCCUUCCAGAGAUGGGAAGAUAUCUGCUGAUAGAAAGGUUGUGUCUGGUCCUAAAGUUGAUACUGUACCUGUCCAGAAUCAUCCUAAACAGGAAAUGAUUAAUAAGGAUACUAUAGAACACUUGAAGAACAAGCUACUCAUGAAGGAUAAUACAAUAAAGAAACAGCAGGAAAACAUACAUGAUUUACAAAAUACUUUAAAGAAAUAUCAAAAUGAUUUAAAUGAUCUCCAUCUUAAAACUAAGAAGACCAAAAUGGAAUUGGAAGAUUUCAAAUUACAGUGUAUUGAACAAGGUCAUGAGAAUAUUCCAAAUAAGAGCAAGCAAGAUGAGGCAGUUCUAGUGACAUCAGAAGUACAGACUCAGCACUUUCUAUUGCCAGAGUUUUCAGGGGAUCAUGGUGGAUGUAUUGUACAAUACCUGAAUAAGGAUGAGGAUGAGUUCAGAACCUUGAAUGAUCUCAUUGAACAGAUAAAUGAACUUUCUGAUAUUCUGAAAGCAAGAGAAAGUAAGAUUACUGUCCAAGAUGUUAUGAUAAGCAAUCUUCAGAAAAAAGUGAAGGCAUCCCAUGUUGAAGUAGUAAUGAUAAAGGAGAAGUGUGAAAAAUAUUUACAAGAUAUUCAGAAGACAGAACAGAAUCAAGCAGGCUGUGAGAGAAGAAUUAAAGAACUUAAUGAUGUUCUGGAAAGAUCUUAUACAGACCUUCAGGAUUCUCUUAACAGUAUGGAUAUUGGAGAAAAUACAACAUGCAUACUGUGUGAUCAGAAUAUGAAAAAUUUCCGCCAGAGAUAUGAUGAAAGUCAAGAAACAUUCAAGAAUUUGAAAGCGGAAUUUAGUUACUUAUUAUUCAAUUUGAAGUCACAUGAGAAACAGGUUACAUAUCAUGGAGGUAUGAUUGAUUCCCUUAACGAAGUAUUACAGAGAAAUCAGUGUGACCUUGAAGAUAUUCUGAGUAAAACGUCUGUUUUUUCAAAAGAAAAGCGGGCUUUUCAUGUGGACCAUGAAGAGUGUGAGCAGAAGAUUGAAAGAUUGGAGAAAUCUUUAAAACAUUUCCAAGAGGAAAGGCAGAAAUGGUACUCAAAAUUGGAAUCACUUGCAGAGAAUAAGACUGCUGAAGUGCUUCAAGAAGAACACGAAAGCUUGAAAGCUGAAAUUGAGAAACUACAAAACAAUUUAAUCUCAAGAGAAAAAGUUGCAGCAAAUCAAGAACAAAUUAUAAAUAUUCUGCAGGAUUCAGUAAAUAUUGCACAGAAAGAACAGCAAGACUUCCAGCAGAAACUGAAGGAUGCAGAGGCUGAAAAAGAAAUGUUAUUAAAUGCUCUACAAGAGGAACAAAGGAAGGCUGUAAAUCUGCAGGAGGCGUUGCUGGCCACUAAACAACAGCUUGAAGACCUUCAGGGGAACAAAUAUGAACUCAUUAUCAAGGAUCGUAUUAUACGCUUUCUGCGCUUGGAUCUUUCCGAAAUUAAGAGUCAGUAUCGUAAUUGCUAUGGGGAGGUUGUGAAGCAAGAAAAGGUUCUGGACACCUUGAGGGAUUCCAGUGAUGAUCUGAAGACUGAGAUUGUAAACCUGGAACAGGACAUCUGCCUGUUGGAAUUACAUUUAGCUGAGAAAUUGAAAGUCUUAUGUUUCAUCAAGGACCAUGUUAAAGAAAUGGAGGCAGAAUUAAGUGACCGUGACAGAAUAAUAAAAGAUCAGGUUAACCAUAUACUAGAACUGAACAAUAAGAUUCAAGAUCAAAUGAAUGAGAUCCAAGAAUUUAAGAACAAAAUUCGAGAUAAGAAUAACAUAUUACAAGAUCAGAUCAAUGAAAUACAGCUACUGAACAGUAAUAUUCAAGGUCAGAGCAUCAAGUUGAUAGACCAGAGGAACCAGUUAGAUGAUGAGUCAAACAAAAUACAAGAACUGAAUGGCAAGUUACAAGUUCAGUGCAAGAAGUUAGAAGAUCAGGCAUGCAAGAUACAAGAACUAACCACGGAGAUUCAAGACCUGAGCAGGGAGAAUAAUGAUCUAGUGAUCAAGACAAAGGAGUUAGAAGUGGAGGGAAUAUACUGGAGGUCUGUAAAAGAAGAAUCUGAGGAAAUGCUCCUGGAGCAAAAACAGUUGACAAUUAAGAACAAAAUGAUCCAAAGUCUUCAGGACAACAUGAAUGAAAUUAACCACAUUGCUGUUCAAAGGCUGGAAGGUAAAGAGAAACUGAUUCAGAAUCUUCAGUCACACAUCAGCAGACUGCAAAUACAGUUAAAAUAUGAGAAUCAGAAAGCUACUCCCUUUGAAGAAGUCAACACCCUUCAGAAGGAAGCAGAACGCCUCAAAUCAGAGAACAAGCAGCUUUUGCUUUUACAGGAUAGACUAAAGGCAGAGGUGAGGGAAUAUAUGUCCGUUCCAGAAACUUGGUGGUGGGAUGAUUUCUGGCAGAUCUGACAUAGACAGGGAAUACAAAAGUGUGUGCAUUUAUCAACACAGUAUUGGGUUCUUCAAAGUAUAAACCAUAAUAAUUAUAUAUUUAAGGAGAUUAUUGUUAAAAUUGAAUGUAAGCAGUCAGUCAGUAAGUCCUACUACUUCCAACAUGAAAUCCAAAGUUUAAUAGUCCUAGACAUAUUUUCAUUUACUAAAAGACUGAUAUGUAGAAUAGGAGGAUAAAUACGUAAUAUUCUCUUGACACAGGUUAUGAGAAGGUUCCCUGAAGGCUGGAAUAGGAAGAAAUAUUUUUAACUGUCUCAAUUUAUCUAAGGAUAAAAGUAUACUUUAUAUUUAAUAAAUGUAAUACUUCAACUUCAUAUUGUUAAGAACCUAUUCCUUUUAAAGAGAAUUAAAAAUACUCAUACUUCGAUGGUUUUCCAAUGAUAUAUGUUAAUAAGAUUACAGUGUAUACAUUUAUCAAGGUAUUCAUAUAUUCCAGUCUACUAAUUAUUAAAUUUCCUAACUCAUAUUUUUAAUCAUUAUAAUUGGAUGUUCCUCAGGCCAGUUAACUAAUAGUUAACCCAUACUUGUUUGGGAGGUAUCCUAUAACUCAAGAAGAAGUAUUUGUACAAUUUUCUUUGAAAGUCCAUGGAAUAACCAGAAAGUACAGUUCUUUAUUUUUAAAAGAAAAAUUACAAUUUACAGAUCCGAGUGAAUACUAAUCUUUAUCCCUGAACGUUUCAGUGCACUGUAUACAAUAUUAAUUUGUUAUGCUCCUUGUGCCUGAAUUAUGUACUUGGUGUAUAUAUAGUACAAAAAUCAAGUAUCUAUAGUAUUCCGUUAACUUCAUGGACUGUUUCAAUUUUAUCAAAGGCAUACUGAAACAAAGUUUUUGCCUAAGGAAUUACAUUGAUGAGUGUUGUUUGGAUAUUAUUUUCAAGGUGUUUUUAAUUUGUUUGUUAUUUGUGUAUUUAUUUACUAAUUUAUUCUUUUAAACUGUUAAGUAUAAUUAUAGACUUAAUUUUGUGGCCACAGUUAUCAUUGAUUUAUGGUGUUUUACUUGUUCCGUAUAUGUGUGUUUACAAUAAUUGCAGAAUUAUUUGGUCACAAUUAUUAUAGCCAUAACAUAGAUUUCAUCUUAGUGUUUCUUAAAUACAUGUAAAGUAACAGGUAAGCCAUGUUUGUAUUACCAUAUAUGAAUACAUGUUGAUGAUUGACAUUA